AUGGACGAUAUCAAACCGAAGCAGUCAAUGGAUGAAGGCGACGCUGCACUGUCCUCGGAUCUCAAAGAUUCGGAAGGCUAUAUAGCCCAAGUUGACACGGAACACCACGGUAACCUCAAGCUCGCUAAAGAUGGCCAUACCGUCUUGAUUCCACAACCCUCUGACGAUAUUCGCGAUCCUCUCAACUGGAGUCCUGUCAAGAAACACGUUAUCCUCUUCAUCAUCAGUUUCGCAGCCUUUCUUCCCGAUUAUGGCAGUGCCGUCGGCGCUGUUACUCUCAUCCCCCAGGCAACGCAAUGGAACAUGAGCCAAGACACAGUUAAUCACUCCCAAGUCGGUAAUGUUUUCAUGCUCGGCGCAGGCGGUAUCUUUGUCGUUGCCCUCUCCGCAUGGGCGGGCCGUCUCCCCGUUUUAUUCUACUUCCUUGUCAUCGCUUCAGCUACGGCUGCUUGGUGUGCUGCCGCUACGACAUUUGAGUCGUUCAUGGCUGCUCGAAUCUUGAAUGGCUUCUUCAGCACUGUCUCGCAAGGUGGAGGAUUGAUGUUCAUCUUUGACAUGUUUUAUUUCCAUGAGCGUGCUCGCAAGAUUAAUAUUUGGGCUGCUUUCAUCAUCCUCUCUCCGUACAUGGGUCCAUUAUUUACUGCCUUCAUCAUUAAUACAGAGGCCUGGCCUAUUGCGUUCUGGGUGUACUUUACUGAGACCUCGCUCGUGCUCAUCCUUACGGUCCUGUUUGUAGAGGAGACCUACUAUGACCGUCGAAUCCCUGCCGCCGAUCAACCGCCCAGAGGAUCACGUAUCGGCAACCUGUUAGGCUAUGCCCAGUAUCAAUCUCGCCACCUCCGUAACAGCUUCGGUCAAGCCUGCAUGCGCCCAAUCCGCGUCAUCCUCAAACCAACCGUCUUCCUGUCCUCCUUUUACUACCUACUCACCUUUGCAUGGGUCGUCGGUAUCAACACAACCUUGUCAAUCUUCCUUACACCACUAUACAACUUUGGUCCUAAGCAGAUCGGCUUCUUUUAUUUCGCACCUGUUGUUGCCGCUAUUCUGGGAGAAGUUGUCGGCCACUGGCUACACGAUAGAAUUGCCACGCAAUUCAUUAAAACGCACAAUGGUCACUUUGAGCCCGAGAUCAGAUUGCGUGCGAUUUGGUUCAGCACCCCGUUCAUGCUGGCCGGUUUAGUCGGAUUGGGCUUCGCUCUUGAAGAGGGGUACCACUACAUGAUUACAGCCUUGUUCUGGGGCCUGUAUGUCUUUGGUAUCAUGGUUACUACAGUUGCUCUGAACGCAUAUAAUCUCGACAGCUAUCCAGAGGCAUCGGGGGAGGUGUCUGCCUGGAUCAACUUUGCGCGAACUACUGGAGGGUUUAUCAUCAGCUAUUUUCAAGUCAAAUGGGCCAACUCGGUCGGUGCUAGAGUCAGUUUUGGUACCCAGGCUGGUAUUUGCGCUGCUGCGUUUCUUAUCAUUCUUGUGUUGCAGGUAUUCGGAAAGAGAAUGAGAGAGAAGAGUGGAAAGUUAUCUUUCCCUACUGCAUAA